UUUCCUUCCUCUCUCUCUCUCUCUCUCUCUCUCUCUCACUUGUCUAUAUAAAUCUACCCAAAAGAGCCCAAGUUUUUCAUUGUAAAAGCCCAUACCAAAAAAACUCAACAACCAAAUUUAAAUCUUUCUUCUUCUUUUUUCUCUCCAAAUCUAUAGCCAUGUCUCAGACUGUUGUCCUCAAGGUUGGUAUGUCCUGUGAAGGCUGUGUUGGGGCUGUGAAAAGGGUUCUGGGCAAAAUGGAAGGUGUAGAAUCAUAUGAUAUUGAUUUGAAGGAACAGAAGGUGACAGUGAAAGGCAAUGUGCAGCCUGAGUCGGUUCUGCAGACCGUUUCAAAAACUGGGAAAAAGACUACCUUCUGGGAAGCCGAGGCAUCAGAAGGGAAGCCUGCAGAAGCAGUUGCUGCUGCUUAAAGACUUUACUCCAUUUGCUUUGUGGAAGUAGUCGAUUAUAGUUGUUGAACUUAAUAUAAUAUAUAGCGAAAUUAUGUUAAAUGUGGACACAUAAUGUACUUUACAUGCUUUGGAAGUAAUCAUGUAAGCAAUAACGAUUUCUUGGGUGCUUGACUUGUUAUCUUAUGUACAAGUAAUUAAUUAGAGAAUGUGUUUCUUGUGUUA